CGCACGUAAAAACAAAAUGAACAUCGAUAGCCGGUUAGAAGAAUUAAUCAUAAAAUUAUAUGAGGUUGAAGGUGUUAAAUUUGGCGAUUUUAAGCUAAAAAGUGGGAUACAGUCUCCGGCAUACUUUGAUUUACGUGUCAUUGUCUCGUAUCCUCAGUUGAUGCGUGAAGUGUCACAAGUGUUAUGGGAAGUAGCAAAAAAUGCUCAGAAAUUUGUGUCAAUUUGUGGAGUGCCUUACACAGCUUUGCCAAUUGCAUCUGUGAUGUCAGUUGAUAAUAAUGUGCCGAUGUUGAUCCGCAGACGCGAAGCAAAGGAUUAUGGGACAAAGAAAAUGAUUGAAGGAAAGUAUGAGAAAGGAGAUGUGUGCCUUGUGGUAGAAGACGUAGUUACCAGUGGUUCCAGCGUUUAUGAAACUGUUGAACUUUUAAAUGAGUAUGGUUUACAAGUUAAGGAUGCGGUUGUUUUGCUGGAGAGAGAGCAAGGUGGAACAGAACGACUCAAGAAAGAUGGAGUUAAUUUACAUAGUGUGAUUACAAUGACCCAGCUGGUGAGGGUCCUCAAAAAGCACGGGAAAAUUGACGAGAAAAUGUUUGAUAGUGUGCUGAAGUUUGUUGCUGAAAAUAGAUUUGAUAAACCCACUAAAGGAAGUGGAGAUAUUCCUGCAAACAAAGCUAAAGCUGCAAUGACAUUCAAAGAAAGAGCAAACUUAUGCUCAAAUUCAGUGAGCAAGAAAUUGCUAGAAAUAAUGGAACAGAAGCAAUCAAACCUUGCCAUCUCUGUGGACCUGACCAAUUGCAAAGAUAUCUUACAGAUGGUUGAACAGGUGGGCAGUAAAGUGUGUAUUGUGAAGACACACGCUGACAUUAUAGACGAUUUUAACGAAGAAUUUGUAGAGAAAAUACGCGAACUUGCCCAAAAACAUAACUUCCUCAUUUUCGAAGAUAGAAAGUUUGCUGAUAUAGGAAAAACUGUUCUACAUCAGUAUAAAGGUGGGGUACAUAAAAUUGCUGACUGGGCAGAUAUUACAAAUGCACAUACUGUACCAGGGGCUGGGGUUGUCAAAGGACUUAAAAAGGCUGCUGGAAAUAGACAAAGGGCAUGUUUGUUGAUAGCCGAAAUGAGCAGCUCAGGUAAUCUAGCAAAGGGAGAUUAUACUAAAGCAACUGUUGAAAUUGCCAAAGAAAAUUCAGAUUUUGUGAUAGGUUUUAUAUGCCAGCAUAAACUCAUUGAUGAUCCAGUUUUCAUACAUAUGACCCCAGGCGUAAAGUUAGGAGAAGGUACUGAUUCCUUAGGACAGCUGUACAUUACUCCAAACGAUGCAAUAUCUGUGAACAAAACUGACGUUAUAAUUGUCGGACGUGGAAUAACAGAAGCGUUGGAUCCCGUUAGUGAAGCUGAGUUGUAUCGUAAGGCCGGAUAUGACGCCUACUUAGAGAGACUGGUGUAGACUUCCUUAAUUUUGUAUUGAAGACAAAGUGAUAUAAUUCGGGAAAAAAGGGAUCAAAACAUGUAUUCAUUGCUCAUUAGUUGAUGUUGUGACUAAUAAUUAU